GUGAACCACUCAACACUCAACUCAUUAAUAUCCAAACCCUCUCUCUCUUCCUUUCUUGGCCAUGUCAACUUUAUAACUGUCCGAGUGUCACAAACAGAAACAGAAAUGAAACUCUUUUGAGUUUGGUUAGAUUAAGUUAUAAUUAUUUUCUUCAAGUUAAAGAUUUUGUUUGGUUUGUACAGGGAAAUUUGAAGUUUUUAAGAAUCUAAAGAUGACAACUUUGUUGGAGGUUUCUAUAAUUCAUCAUGUGGGCAUUGUAUUCUUGUUUCUUUGGUUGCUUUCUUUGUUUAAUCGAUGUGGCCCUAUAGCUUUUUUAAUGUCUAUAGUUUAUCUUUUCUGGGUUCAUGAGGAAUACGUUGAAAAAUUGAGGAGAAAAUUAAAGUUUGAGGAGAGGAAGCGGUCCUAUAUGAGAAGGGUGCUUUCGGAUUCUGAAACGGUGAGAUGGCUGAAUCAUGCUAUUGAAAAUAUAUGGCCCAUAUGCAUGGAACAGAUUGCUUCACAGAAGAUUCUGCUCCCAAUUAUACCUUGGUUUCUGGAGAAGUACAAGCCCUGGACUGCUAAAGAAGCUGUGGUUCAGCACCUAUAUUUGGGCAGAAACCCACCUAUGUUUAAUGAAAUGAGGGUUCUUCGCCAUUCUAAUGACGAUGACCACUUGGUAUUAGAGUUGGGUAUGAACUUUCUCACGGCAGAUGAUAUGAGUGCGAUCAUUGCUGUAAAACUGAGAAAAAGACUAGGAUUUGGAAUGUGGGCAAAGUUGCAUGUGACAGGCAUGCAUGUUGAAGGGAAGGUUUUGGUUGGGGUGAAGUUUCUUCGCCACUGGCCUUUUCUUGGCCGGUUGAGGUUAUGCUUUUCUGAGCCUCCAUAUUUUCAGAUGACUGUAAAACCUAUCUUCACUCAUGGACUUGAUGUUACAGAACUUCCAGGAAUUGCUGGAUGGCUAGACAAGCUUCUAUCUGUUGCAUUUGAGGAGACGCUUGUUGAGCCCAAUAUGCUGGUUGUAGAUAUGGAGAAGUUCGCUUCACCACAGCCAGAACAUUGGUUCUCCGUCAAUGUGAAGGAACCUGUUGCACAUGCAAUUGUUGAAGUUGUUGAAGCAUCAGAUAUGAAACCAUCAGAUUUCAAUGGUUUGGCUGAUCCAUAUGUGAAGGGGCAACUUGGACAGUACAGAUUCAGGACUAAGACACAAAAGAAAACUUUGACUCCAAAAUGGCACGAUGAAUUUAAGAUCCCCAUUUGUUCGUGGGAAUCACCUAAUGUGCUAUCUAUUGAAGUUCGUGACAAAGACCAUUUUAAGGAUGAUACCCUUGGUGACUGUACCAUAAAUAUCAGUGAUCUUAGGGAUGGCCAGAGACAUGACAUGUGGAUACCUCUCAAGAACGUUAAAGUGGGCAGGCUGCAUCUUGCAAUAACAGUAAUUGAAGAGGGUGCAAAGCAGGGGAAAAGUCAGUGGAAUGAGGAAGCAUUAAACAAGGAAGGAGUUCAAGAGGAAGAGGAGCUAAUGAGCAAGGAAGACAUGCAGAACUCCUUUGCUGAUGGUACUCAGGGAAGUUCCUUUUCAUCUUUAAUAUCAGAUAAGUCCCCAAAGAUGGCUGAUAAAUUUGAACCUAUAAACAUUGAGGGGCAAAAGGAGUGUGGCAUAUGGAUCCAUCACCCAGGAAGUGUAGUAUCACAGACUUGGGAGACUAGAAAAGGGAAGAGCAGGCGCGUUGAUACCCAGAUUCAUAGUAAUGAUUCCUCUCACAGCACUAGUCCAGCAGUAUCUGGAUCAUUGAACAAUGACAGCAGCAGUGAUGAUGAAAAUUCUGAGGGGAAAAAUCCUAUAAAUUCUGUUAGGCGGGGCUUACGGAAGAUUGGUUCUAUGUUUCGAAGGAGUCCUAAAAGGGGGGAUCAUUCAGGCAGAAUUUCAGAGCCUAUUUCAUCUCUGCAGGCUAACCUUAAAGCAAUUAAUUCUAGGAAGUUUAGUGUGAAGUUGAUAGUAGAUGACCUUCCAGUGCCCAUUUCUGGUAGCACUCCAGAAGAAGUAUGUGUUAAUUCAGAUGGAAGUAAUCCAGAAAGCCCAGAAAAGAGAAGUAAUCCAGAAAGCCCAGAAAAGAAGCAUAUGAAAGGUAUAGCGAAGAGCCUUCUGAAAAAGGCAGAGAAGCGAGCUCACAACUUAAAGCAAGUUCUUUCCCGAAAAGGGUCUAGAAAUUCUGUAGGCGAUCCAUCUACAGUUCCUGAACAAGAAAUCUAUCCAGAAUCUGACUCUUCUCAUGAUGAAUCUGUUACCUCACCCUCUAUUGUUGAAAGAAUACCUGAGUGUGAAAACAAUGAGUCUUGUAAAACUGAGCAAAUUUUUCAGACUGGUUCAGGCGAUCCCCAAAUGGAUAUUGAGGACCAAAGGGAGAAGACAAGUGUUGAAGCUGAUGAGAAGAGAAGGGAUAACGAGAUAAACAAACCUGACAGGAGUGGUAAUGUACUGAUUGAGUCUGCAACUCCCAAGCGUUCGGAGGAGGAUAUGAAACCCAAAGAAAAUGGAAAAUCCAACCCAGAUGAAAAUAUUAUCUCAUAGUAGUUAGUGUUGUCAAAAACUGAGUAAAUUACAGAGUCAACAUUAAGAUCUUGCUCUAUUCUGUUUAUCUGUUGAUUUCUUAUUUCAUUUAGCAAAGUUUGGUCCUAGCUUUCAAAAACCCUGGUGCAGCUUCAGGCAUAAUGUCUUCUUGUGUGUAUGGUUGUAUUUCAUGUCAGCAUUUUGUAUAGCAGUACACAGAAUACAAAUAAAAUUCAAGUUUUGGAUUUUUUGCAA